AUGCUGUCUCACACAGUGUCUACAAAAUGUAUUCGAGAAUUCUGCCAGGUCACUGGGUCUGACGAAGAAACUGCCCGUUCAUUCUUGUCAGCUUGUAAUAAUAAUUUGGAAUUGGCUGUUAGUCUUUACAUGGAUGAUCCGAGCAGGGUUUCUCCUCAGGGUCCAACAGAGGAAUAUCGGACUCCUAUUCCUCAAAGAAACGAACAGCUACUCCCCGUUGUUGUACCACUUCUUCCUGUUCACCUGCAAAACUCACCUCUCUUGCAAACACGUCGACGCGCGUUCGUUGCUGAGGAUUCGGACGAUAACUCAGAUGAUGAUACAGUGACCAGUGGUGUGAGGUACCAGUCGUUUGAAAAGUCACAGUUAGCUUCGAAAUCAGAUCAUUCAAUUAAACAACGGUGUUCAAACGAUAAUGGAUCUGAUUCGAAUUUACUAAAUACUGAUGGCACUAGCUCUGGUUCUUCUUCACUUUCUUCGGGGCAUAUUAAUGGAGUUAAAGAUGGUGUUAAAAGAAAAAGAAAACAUUUGCAACAGCUUUACCAACCUCCAGUCGAGAUAUUGUUUGAUGGGACAGUACAAGCUGCUGAACUUGCUGCACAAGAAAAAAAUCAAUGGUUACUUAUUAGUAUACAUGAUGAAGGAUGCUUUGAGUGUCAUCUGCUAAAUCGUGAUGUUUGGAAAGAUCCGAAAAUCUACCAACUUAUUAAACGCCAUUGUACUUUUGUACAAAUACCUGUGGAUAGUUCUGAAGGUUUACGCUUCCGUAGCAGUUAUUCAUAUGUUCAAUCAGCUUCCCAUAUAGCUAUUUUGGAUCCGUUUACAGGAGAGCAGAAAAUGAUGUGGACGCAUUUAAAUGAUCCUAAGAUUGUAUAUGAUGUCUUAUAUCAAUUUAUACAACAUACUGCGCUAACUAAUCCGAAUAACAAUACAAAUGUAAUCAACACUACUGCUAUUAAUAAUGGUCAAUACGGUAGUAGUAUUGGUAGUAUUAACCUUACUGGAAACGGUAGAACAGAUUCAACUAGUAUUGACAAUCGUUUUACAAAUACUGUUCCUCAAACUGGUAUACGAAGAAGACCACCAGAAGCAGCGAAUGCAGAAAUGCAUCAACAAUUCAUUCAUUUAAAUUUGAAAAGGCCACGAUUACAAACAUCUGACAAUCUAUAUUCAUCGGAUGCUGAAUAUAUCGACUUGUCGAAUAGCGUACAUUCAUUUCAAGUAAAUAGUACAACUACUAGUCCAUUAGAUCUAACUGAAGAAGAACAAUUACAACUGGCUAUUGAAGCAUCUAAAAAGGAUACUAAACGAGAAUUGUUCAGUGAUGAUUAUGAGGUAGUUCUCACAGAUGAUGAAGAUGAUAAUGACGAUGACAAUCAUGAAGAAUAUAUGAAUGGCAAUAGACGUUUAGGUACUGAUAUUGACCAACAACAUCGUGAUCAUGAACAAGAUAAAAAGCAAUACACACAUAUUACAUAUGAAGAUGAUGAUCGCGUUGUAGUUAACUAUCCUAAAAAGCCCAAUAGUUCAUCAUUUGUUUCGUCGACUACAGCAUUUAUUACAGCAAGAAGACCGUUAAGACCAUCAGAAAAGUUAAAUAAAUCAACAUCCAAUAAUGAUUUGAAAUCAGAUAUUUUGACCGUAUUACCUACUCCAGCACCUGAUGAAGCGGUUAUGGAAUUACUUUUUCGUUUACCCGAUGGUAGUCGUGAAGUUCAUCGACUUCAUCCUACUCUCAAGUUACAAGAUCUACAUUCAUACUUUGAAUAUCGUGGUUAUCCAAUCAGUAGAUAUGAAAUUGUUCGUAUUCAUCCUAAUCUAUGUCUUUCAUCAAUGCAUCAAUCAAUUUCUUUGACAGUUGCCGGUUUGUGCACCAAAGAUACUUUGUUUAUACAAGAACGUUAA